GGUUGUGUGAACUUACCCCAGGGCUUGGAACCAACUGUGGAAAAUGUAUGUCGACGUCUAGAGGAGAAUCAGGAGCUCAUCACAUUGUUUUCAGAGAAUCCAGUUCCAAAGAACUGUCGCUCUAGUCUGGAGGGAGUGUGGCACUUUGCAUAUCAGAAUCGAUAUAGAUUCACAGGGGACUGGUUUGUGGGCAAAAAUCACUUCUUUGCUGUGGUGAAUACCAAGGAAUCACGAAAGGAUGAAAAGUAUCGUUGUUUCUUGAAGAAUCGAGAUGAUGAUCUUUACAUUGGAGUCUCAAUCACAGCAGAAUGCAACAUCCUAAAGUCUCCUGAGGGAAGCCCUGAAAGAAUGCGACUUACCCCAGGGGUUUUUCUCUUAUUCCUGCCAUGCUUUGCCAUUCUCAUGGAUUGCAGCCAGAAGGACUUUGUAUGCUUUGAAUUCAUUCCCCGGCAUCACAACGUGAUUCGCUAUCGCAAAGCCAAGAAUCCAGUCCCUGUACGCUGUCCAGUGGCAGGGAAAUUCAAGUUUGAGCAGAAAGGUGAUGUUCCCUUUGAGACAAGGAUCCUUGGUGGUGUGACUCAAAGCCCUCGACCAAACACAUACUGCAAGGAGAACAUUUCUGAUUUCUCUGUCUGCGAUAUUGAUCAGAAAGACCUGCUAAUUGAUGAAACCUAUUGUCUCUCUGUUGAUUAUCUUGGCCGACCUGUGGACAUCUACAGUGGGUUCUCCUCCACCAUUCCAUCACUAUCUGAACUGCAAAUCCUUAUUCAUGCUAAAUUUCAUGCAGGUGAUCCUGAUUACAAGAUGAAGUGCAUUGGCUUUUGGAAGGAGAAUCUCAAGUCUUAUCUGAUUACAUAUGAUGAACUGGAUGCCUUUUCAAAGUACCGUUGUUGGGUAUACCAAAGAGCAGACAUCAAUCGAGUGCUGAUGUCACGAGCUGUGGGAUCCCUUUGUUUCUUAAAUCAAGAUGUCACUAGCUGGAACUAUACGGAAGGUGCAGCUGUUGCACUUGCCAUGCAGGAAUAUGAACGAGAACACGUCGAACUACGUCCAAGUACAUCUUCCUUGGAGGAGAGGGAGCACCAGCGAUUCGCUGGA